AUGAAGUCCCUCUUUUCCCUCUCUUUGUUUCUCUUGUUUUCCUCCGUCUUUGGUCAGGUCUUGUCAGACUCCGGCAAUGAGCCUGGCGAGGCUGCCAUCCAACCGCGUACGGGAAGGUUCAUCGUCAAAUUCUCCGGCUAUGGGUCUAAAAAGUUCAAAAAGAGGGAUGGCACCGCUGACACGGGCGCCUUCUAUACCACCCUCCAGAGCACAGGUCAGUCGGCAGAACCGGCUCUCAGCUUCGACUCAUCCGUCUUUCAUGGUGCCUCGUUUGACCUGACCGGCGCCACCAACAAAACACUUGAAGAAAUACGAGCAUUGCCCGAAGUUGAGAAGGUAUGGGAGGCUGGAUUGUUCACUCUCCCAGUCGAGGCGUCUAGCUUCACCCCAGGAGGAAAUGUCGUCUGGAACCCACACAAUGACACAAACGUUAACCUUCUCCACUCUCUUGGCUAUGAUGGUAAGGAUGUUAUUGUUGCUAUCGUCGAUAGUGGCGUCGACUAUACCCAUCCCUCACUCGGUGGCGGUUUUGGACCAGGCUACAAGAUCGACAAGGGAUACGAUCUUGUUGGUGACGAGUAUGACGUUGGUCUUCCUUAUGUGCCAGACGACGACCCGUUUGACUGCCACGGCCAUGGCACACAUGUGUCUGGUAUCGUCGGCAGUAAUUACGAAUUGGUCCCCGGAGUCGCCCCUGGUGCAACUUUGCGUAUGUAUAAAGUGUUUGGGUGCUCGGGAUCUGCAUAUGAGGAUGUCAUUGUCGCAGGUAUGCUGCAGGCGUACGAAGAAGGCGCGGAUAUUAUCUCCGCCUCCCUGGGAUCAAAUGCAGGGUUCGCUGAGACUGCCUUCGCCAUGGUCGCCACAAGCAUUCAUGAGGCUGGUAGGCUUGUGACCAUAUCGGCCGGAAAUGCUGGCGAAACUGGCCCUUUUUAUACCAGCAGCGGCGGUAACGGGUAUGGUUCUCUCGCAAUUGGAAGUGUCUCACAUAAAAACUACACUGGCGCCUACACAGUUGCCCACUCCAGCAGCGGCGAGUCCCGUGAAAUUCUCUACUUGAGCUCGGACCAAAGAGAAUUUGCCCUUGAGGGCAAUCACUCAGCAUACUGGGUUGAGGGCACCAGGGACCUCAGCUGCACGUUGCCCGACAGCGCGUCUCCUAGCAGCGACGAUAUUGUGAUUCUGCCCCGGGGAAGCUGUGUGUGGCAGAUCAUGGAUACUGUCCUUAUCGGUAGGGUAAACUGGGUUUUUUACUAUAACUUUGAGGGAUCAGAGUGGGAAGUCCCCGACCGCUCACUAUACAGGGAUGACCAAGCUACAGGAUUUGCUUUGAUUACGUAUGAAGAUGGUCAGUGGCUGCUCGAGCAGCAUGAGCAGAACUUCACAGUCACAUACGAAUUCGUUCACGACUAUGUUCCCGUGGCUCUCCCGAAGGCAGCGGGAUCAGGAGCCGGUGGAAUUAGUUACUUCAGCUCAUUCGGCCCAACGCUCGAUGCCAGGAUGAAGCCUGAAAUUUCCGCUCCUGCAGGCGGUACAAUUUUCUCCACUUGGCCAGUCUCGCAAGGCAGCUAUGCGACCUACUCAGGUACUAGCAUGGCAUGCCCUUAUAUUGCCGGAGUUGGAGCCCUCUUCUUUCAGUCUCGAGGUGGAAGGAGAGCACUGGGCGACGAAGCAGCGAACAUUGCUCGUGAAAGGAUAAUCGCUAGUGGCGACUUCGUGAUAGCGUCCGAUGGUACUGAGAAUUUGGCUUCUGUCGCACAACAAGGCGCCGGCUUGAUCGAUGCAUUCAAAGUCGUUGAAUAUACGACUACAGUCUCUCCCCCGGUUCUCCAUCUGAAUGACACGGACCACUUUCAAAGUUUUCAUUCCGUGGUGAUUUCAAACCAAAGAGACGAGGCGGUCACUUACCAGGUCGUCCAUCAGCCCGGAGUCACGAUCCUGUCCAAGGGCGCCGGAGACGCCUGGGUUUCGCGCAGUCCAAGCUAUACCUCGGGAGAAGGCAACGUGGCGGAGGCGACGUUGUCCGCGGAGACCAUCACGGUUGGAGCAGGCGGCACGGCAACACUCUCUAUAAUCUUCGUCGAGCCGCCGCUUCCAGCAGCAAACACGUUACCAGUCUACGGCGGAGGAAUUCUCUUAGUGGGCGACAACGGAGAGAUGGUCAAAGUCACGUACAUGGGUGUCAAGGGCUCUAUCUACGCAAGUGACACAUGGGAAAUGCAGCGAGAUGUUCCAUUGAUGCUCAGCGGGUACGGCGGUCUCGUGGAAGAAGGCCACAACUACACAUUCGAGGAUAAUACGGAUAUACCACAACCAUACUUCAACAUCCUGUGGAGCACUCGCGAGCUCAGUAUCGAUCUGGUCGAGCGUGACUGGAAUGAGACUGAUUGGGCUUACCCCUUUGUUCCGGGACUGAACAAGUGGGUUGGCUCGGUCAGGACACGUCCAUCCGGGCUAAGUGACGAGAUCAUCGACUUUCCAUUAUAUUUGUAUCCCAGGGUAGCCGACUCAUCUUUCACCAUUGUGUCAUCCAGCGUGUUGGCCAAUGGGACUGAGAUCCCCAGUGGCCAGUUUAAACUCCUUGCACGAGCGUUGCGCACGUUUGGAGAUCGCAACAAUCCGAAUGAUUGGCAGAUCAAGACGUCGCCCUGGUUCAACAUUCUGCGAGACCGGGAUAAUCCAACCAUCACGUCCAGCACGACCAGCACAACGACAAUGUCGUCGACGACUACAACCACCACGACUACGACAACAGCCCCGGCGAGCUGUGAAGUGACGCCCUUGAUUCUGCAGGCAACGAUGGAGGGUGAGACCUACGAGUUGUACAGAUUCUCCGACUUUUUGGGCAUGGAUCUCGCGGGCACCAAUACAAACUUGGACUUUGCACUGACAGGAGAAAACUAUUUGCAAAUUACGACCCCAGGGCAGUCUACUGUCUAUUAUGCAGCGGCACAUUCGAACUCAAACAGUCUCGUCUACGUCUACACUGCCAGUCGCGUCUCUGGCGCGUGGAGCCAUCUGGUCUGCCAGCUUCAAGGUGGUGAACUUGUGUGCACGACAGGCGACAAGACAGAACUCUAUUAUUGUGGAACAAGUGACGGAUUGCUGAGACAUGGCCCUGCAAUAGUCGAUGGAUGUACAUCAGUGACCUUGGGAGCCACGGCAAAUCCCGAUCCUCGCUGUGGAACUAGCACCAGCACCACACUGACCACUCUUAGCACUAGCAGCUCUACUGUGUUGGCAACGACGACCACAAAUCCCGCUACAUCAACCAUGACCACAACGACGAGUGCCUCGGUGAUGACCACUUCAACUUUGGCGGUGAUCUCGACUACAAUGUUUGCCAGCACAGUCUCCUCAACUUCCCAGUCAUCCACCACCACGUAUUCGACUUCCUCGAGGGUCACAUCUUUGGCGACAACUGAGUCUUCGACUUCGUCCACCGCUUUGAUCUCGACCUCGACCUCAACCUCGACUUCAGAUAAUCCUACGUCGUUGACCACGGCUUCAACUUCGAUAAUAUCCUCGCUCAGUGCUUACACAGCGUCCGGAUUACCGAGUUCGGCAUCUUUGACCAGCAGUACGGUUUCAACCUUGUCCUCAUCAAUCCUGAGUUCGACUCUAUCUUCCACCGGAGGAUCUACACCGGCGAGUCCGACGACCUCGGGGUCCACGGGGACCACCACAACAUUUGCUGGCACGUCAAGCAUCAUGGGCUCUUCCUCUGCACCGGCAACCACUUCCGCGACCUCGGAAACAAGUUCCCAGAGCACUGCUGGCGGUAUAUCUUCGUCCUCUACUCUGGCAACCACUACUACAAGCUCGAACACAGGGUUCCACGCCAUUCCGAGCAUCACUUCAGCGUCAAGCACGGGAGUUACUUCGUCAGCUGAUGCCCCAGUCAGCUCAAGCACCACAACAUCACAUGGCGUGGGUGUAGGACCGAUUGGGGGCACCACUUCAGCGUCAAGCACGGGAGUUACUUCGGCAACUGAUGUCCCAGUCAGCUCAACCACAACAUCGUACAUUGUGAGUGUCGGACCGAUUGAAGGCACUACCCGUUCGACUCUCUCGACCAUUCAUACCUCUCCCGUCUCGGAGACAAGCACGGCAGCCUCCGCCUCUGCCACCACCUCGGUUCCUGGCACGACAAGUGGAAGUUAUACGACUUGGCCGGCAGGCAGUGUCUCCAGCUCUACAAUGACAUCCGUCACUAAGACCGACGACUCUCUUGGGUUGUGGAACGACUGGUGGUCCGCCAGCACCCCUUCCGGAGGUAGAAUCGAUUCCAGCCCCACUUCAAGAGUGACUGAUUACCUUCCGUCAUGGGAUGACUGGGCCUCUACUACCAGUCCAUUCACUGAUUCACUGACCGGACCUCUCGAGACAGGCAAGCCUUGGCCAACAUCGCAAAAGUGGACAACAUCGACUAUCUACACGACGACACUGACAACUAUCACGGCAUGCCCAACGACAAUCCCGCGGUGCCCAGUCGUGUCGCAGACAACCACCGUGAGCACCAUUGUCAUCUCAGUCACAACCACCGUUUGUCCCGUGACUCUUACCUCGGAUAUACUGACGGCGACUGUCUCGAUUGGCCCAGCUCCCACCACCGGCAGUGAAGGCGAAUCCUCCAACAAGUGGAAAGAAUGGUCUUCAGUUUCAGUUUCGACUCGCACAGUGACAUCUCCUGAAGUGUCUUCCACUGCCAUCGAAUCUGUGCCCAGUGCAGCCUCAACAAAUGCCAACCCGGCCAAAUCUGGAGAGACUGCAGCAGGGUCCUCGAAGACUGUUACUGUCACCAACGUCGCCGGAAUCGUCACGUCCGCUAAUAGUCAUCAGUCAGAAAAUGCUGUCGUGACAUCAGUCGUCAUCAGUCCUGUGCUACAAAACACCGUCACCAGCUCCAAGGCUUCUGGAACCUCUUGGGCCACGAAGACGGUCGCAGAGAUCGGAACCGGAACCGGAACCGCCUCGAGAACCGGUGACAUGGCUCAAUACACCGGUGCAGCUUCUCAGGAGAACGUCUCUUCUCUGGUGGUAGGUAUCAUUUCUAUGAUGGUCGUGGUUGCUAUAACUUGGUAA